AUGGACAACAACAUGGAGAUUGAUACCGCGCGCUCACCUGAGCCUCAUCGUCUGUCGCCAACCAGUGACCCUGGUUCCAUACCCACCCUGGAUGGUUGGAUUGAAAGCUUGAUGACGUGCAAGCAACUUGCGGAGGAAGAUGUGCGGCGGCUGUGCGAUCGGGCCAGAGAAGUUUUGCAGGAAGAGUCAAACGUGCAGCCAGUGAAAUGCCCCGUCACGGUUUGCGGUGACAUACACGGUCAGUUCCAUGAUCUCAUGGAACUGUUUCGUAUUGGCGGUCCUAAUCCUGACACAAACUACCUCUUCAUGGGUGACUACGUUGAUCGUGGAUAUUACUCCGUGGAGACUGUGACUCUCCUGGUCUGCCUCAAGAUUCGCUAUCCCCAACGCAUUACGAUCCUGCGUGGUAAUCACGAGUCUCGCCAGAUCACUCAAGUCUACGGAUUCUAUGACGAAUGCCUGCGCAAGUACGGCAAUGCUAAUGUCUGGAAAUAUUUCACCGACCUCUUCGACUACCUUCCCCUUACCGCUCUCAUAGAAAACCAGAUCUUCUGUCUUCACGGUGGUCUGAGUCCGUCCAUCGACACCUUGGACAACAUUCGGUCCCUGGACCGUAUUCAAGAGGUGCCUCAUGAGGGUCCCAUGUGUGAUUUGCUGUGGAGUGACCCCGAUGAUCGAUGUGGAUGGGGGAUCUCCCCUCGUGGUGCAGGAUACACAUUCGGACAGGAUAUCUCUGAAGCAUUCAAUCACAAUAACGGCUUGACUCUGGUGGCGCGAGCUCAUCAAUUGGUAAUGGAGGGAUACAAUUGGUCGCAGGAUCGCAACGUGGUGACGAUCUUCUCAGCGCCCAACUACUGUUACCGCUGUGGUAACCAGGCUGCGAUCAUGGAGAUUGAUGAGCAUCUGAAGUACACAUUUCUACAGUUUGACCCCUGCCCUCGAGCCGGCGAACCAAUGGUGUCGAGACGCACGCCCGAUUAUUUCCUGUGA